AUGAAAAGAUAAAAAUAAUUUGAAUUCAACAUAAAUGAGAAAAUCUCUUAUCCUUAUACACCAUUGAGAAUGAGUCCUAGUUUUCGUAUUAAAUUUUAAAGUCCUACAAAAGUUUAAAAGAUCAAAUUCAUUUAUUAAAAAGACUUAAAGGAAUAUGAAAGUCAUUAUUUUGAUUAAUUUGUUGACACAAAUCGUAUCCCAACCAUACAUACUCAACGAGCGUAAUUUUAUAAUUUUAUCAUAUUAGAGCAAGUUAAAAAUAAGCCUAGAUGCAAUUGAGACAACAAACACCUAACUAUAUUAAUUUGAAUCCAAAAGAUUCUGAAUAAGAGAAUGAUAAAUUAUCAGAAUUCUUAAGAAUUAUUAGAGGCAAAAAGCAGGUUAGAAUUAAUGAACAUUAAUAAUGA